AUGUACUUGUGUGUGCAUAUGUUUGAGGCGGACGGCAAUGUGCGUUCUGAGAUCCACCUCUGGUGUGGUGACGACGUUCCCGAUGCGGCUGUCGACGAUGCCCAGCCCUUCUCUCGAAGAAUGGCGAAAGAAAACGGAUGCAAGCUCGAGAUUAUCAAGCAAGGCAAGGAGCCAGCGCGGUUCAUUCAGGCUCUAGGUGGCAUUCUCAUCACGCGUCGUGGUUCUAGCUCACGAUCCAGUUCCUCCGCUAUUUUCAUGCUCUGCGGACGGAAGCACCUAGGACAGAUGGUUUUCGACGAAGUGAACUUCUCGCCUAGCAGCCUUUGCUCCGGCUAUCCUUUCGUGAUCUCCGCUAUGUUCGGCAAGUUGUUCCUGUGGAAAGGACUCGGCAGCUCGGCAGAAGAAAUUGGUGCGGCUCGCUUGAUUGGGAUGGAUCUUGGCCUUACGGGUGAAUUCGAGGAAGUAGGUGAAGGAGAAGAGCCCGAGAGCUUUUUUGAAGUCUUCCCGCAGUACGAAAGGACAGCAGAUGAGAAGGGCGCCAAUGACUGGCAACUGAAGCCCAAGCUUGACCGGUAUCGCACGCGACUACUUCGUGUGGACCAUGAGCUUGGUCAGCAGCGGGCUGGAUUCUGGAUGCGUCGAGCCGGUUCACCCUCCCCAAUCAUUCGUCCCAACGAUACCGUGCAAGAGGUGGAUCCCUUUUGUCAGAAGGACAUUGAUGCCAAAGGAAUCUACGUCCUUGAUACCUACUUUGAGAUCUAUGUGAUUGUGGGUGAACAAGCCUCCGCCCGCGCUGCCGAAUUCGCUUCAGCGGUCUAUUUUGCGCAUGAAUACAGCAUCCUAGCGGCCUCUUUUCAAGAUCGGCCAUUCAUCCCGAAGACCUUCGUCUCCCUCAGCGGAGUUCCUGAGAGCUGUAGCAGUGUAUUCCGCAAGUGGAACACGAGCUCGUGGCAAAGUAUUCCGCAAGUGCUCCCUUUGAACGCGGCAAUCGAGGUGAUUCGCGACCCCUAA